UUGUGGGACGUGUAGUUCCGCUUCAAGGCCGCUGAGCUGGAUAACAACUCGAAGGAGAACGAAACAAAAAUAAAUUUGACCAAACUUCUAAAUAAUAAGGAACUGGUCUUCUUUGCGUCUGAAUAAAGAUGCCUGGAUUCACUUGCUGUGUCCCUGGAUGCUAUAACAACUCUCACCGGGACAGAGAGCUACGGUUUUAUACAUUUCCCAAGGAUGCCACUCAGAGGGAGGUUUGGCUAAAGAAUAUCUCUCGGACCGGGGUGAGCGGUUGUUUCAAUACCUUCGAACCUACAACUGGCCACCGAGUGUGCAGCGUUCAUUUUGCUGGUGGAAGAAAAACGUACACCAUUCGAGUUCCAACUCUUUUCCCGCUUAGAGGAGUGAACGAACGUAAGAGUCGCAGAGGAAGGAACAGGAAGGUGACCACAACAACCCCUGCUCCUCUUUCCAGUCCUAAACGUUGUUCCACUCCUGCUGGCAACAUUGUCAUCACCAACGUUGUUUCAAGUGCCCACAUUGCAACAGAAACAGCCGGGAGCGAUACAGGUACCAAUUCAAACAGCGACAACCCUGUGGUACAAAUAGACCAGAACGGCGAAUAUAUUGGCACAGCCAGUCUACCAGCUCAGGGAGACGGGACCUGCCUCAAAGCGGUUGUUUCUAGCUCUACUGACCUGGCCGGAGAGACCUUAUCUCCUAUAGAGGCCUUGGCCGCUGCCCACCAACAAACAGUGCAGUACGUCAGCGUGCUCAGCAGCCCUCUGGACCACGCGUACUCGCUCACCACCGGCACCACUUCUGCUGAACUGUUGCGGAAACUGAAUGAACAACGGGAUAUCAUCGCGCUCAUGGAGGUGAAAAUGAAGGAAAUGAAGGCGACCAUUCGUCAGUUGCGCGUGAGCGAGGCCAAGCUGCAGGAGGAGGUGCGGGAGCGGGACCGGCUACUGUCCGCCGGUGCAGCUGCUGCUAUGGCUGUAGUUGGUCUGACCCAGCAGAGCUCAGCUGCAGCCGUCCCCAAAUCCUGUGCGUCCAUCUACAAGAGCUUUGCCCAGUGUCUGGUCUCCCUGGGAGACAGCCUCGGGGAGUCACAGGACGACCAGAACACGCAGGACAUCGACACAGUGUGCAGGUCAUGGGAUGCGUUCCAUGUGUGUGCAAACACAGCCCUAGCUGGUUGCCCCGGAGAUGCAGCAGGUGUGUGGGAAUCUCUCAGACAGGAGUCCAGGAAGACACAGUUUUCUGGAAACCUCUAUGACCUGUGUGCAAGCCGCACAACAGUCGCCCCCAGCACCAUUCCGUCCCAGAGCCCGCCCACGUCAGACCAGACCAAUCAGGAAACUCUGAAAGGACACACACAAUGCCAUGGACCUGCUGUCACUGUGUUUCUACUCCCAGCAUGUACCUCUCUGAUUCUCCUGCUCUGGACCUAGCCCUCUGUGGGCUCAGGGAGCCCACUCGUCUGACACAAACACAUACACACACAAACACACACACACAAACACCCAUCCCUCCCACACACAAAGUCUUUUACAGGGAUUAAUUUAAAAAAAGAACGAGAUUUGAGAAGUAAUUCCUUUAUUUUCAUUGCUAGGAAGAGUGCCAUCCCCUGUUCACAUAAAAAACCAUACAGAUGCAGACCAGUCUCUCAGGUUCUCAGUGGGUCUAUCAAUACAACGUCACAUGCUGGUUUAAUAAUGACUUUAAUAAUGACUUAAAGGACUGAACAUUUUUAGAUGGUGGAGUUUGUGCCUGAUUUCUUGUCUAUUGAGGCCAGUUAAAUGACAGCUGGCUCCUUUUUCUUCAUCCUUCCAGUCAUUUCAAUAUCUUAACUGUCGGUGGUAAGAACUCUAUGCACACAGUAUGUUUUUGGUACUUAGCCCUAAUCGCAGCCCUAAUCGCAACCCUAACUCUAACUGUAUGCUCCUGGUAGGUAUAGCCUUAAACCUGUUAGAUAGCUAUGCUGCUUGCUGCAUCAUCAAAGUGAUGUUUUUGUGAAGCGGGUAUCUCUGAUGAAACUUCUGAACUGAGAAGCUUCUCUUCCACUUCAUCCUGCUCCUUUGUAGGGAGUAAUCACCCACCUGCCUCUAGUGCUCCUCCACCUGCUGAAGAAGCUCUUUCCCAGCUUACUCCUGCUGCUGAAGGAGUUCUCCACCUCCUGCUCCUCCCUCCUUCUGAGGGAGUUCUCUCUUCCUGCUCUUCAUACUACAUUUUCUUCAGUCUAAACUGUGUGGGUUGUCGGGGUAGAUUUGAACUAGCUUCACUCUCAUGAUAAUUGUAAUGAUGAGGGAAAGGGCAAGAUAAUUCUUUGGCAUAAUUCUUUAAUUACUUUUUUCAUGUCUGCUAUAUAAGUAAUAUACUCGUAAUUGUCAUUGUGAGUAAUAUGUCAUUUACUAAUAAAACACAAGUCUGGUUAUACUCUA